AUGAAGUUCUGCACAAAGCUCAAUAAAAAGCCUUCCAAGAUGCACACAAUGCUAAAGCAAGCCUACAGGGAGUCUGCAAUGAGUAACGGGCAAGUUACAAGCAUUGUUAUUGAGGAGCUGCACAUGAGAAAGGUGUGCACCAAGCUGGUACCAAAAAUUCUGUCAGAUGAACAAAAGGCCAGUCAGGUGGUGAUCAUGAGUGAACUGUUGGAAUGUGUGGACACUGAACUGGAUUAUUUGGACAACAUCAUUACUGGCAACAAGACAUGGACUUCCGCAUGCGACCUGGAAAAAGUGCCAAAGUUCAGAAUGGCACAAUCCAAAGUGAAAAUUGACAGCAAGGAAGAACAACAACAACAACAACCACUCCAAGAAGAACAACAACAACAACAACCACUCCAAGAAGAACAACAACAACAACAACCACUCCAAGAAGAACAACAACAACAACAACCACUCCAAGAAGAAGAAGAACAACAACAACCACUCCAAGAAGAAGAAGAACAACAACAACCACUCCAAGAAGAAGAAGAACAACAACAACCACUCCAAGAAGAAGAAGAACAACAACAACCACUCCAAGAAGAAGAAGAACAACAACAACCACUCCAAGAAGAAGAAGAACAACAACAACCACUCCAAGAAGAAGAAGAACAACAACAACCACUCCAAGAAGAAGAAGAACAACAACCACUCUAA